CUCUGCCUCGGUGCUUCCACCCUGCCACACCCCACUCUCCACCAACCCACCCCGAGAACAGCCAUGCCACCCAACAUGGCGUUCCGCCAGAAACCCAAGAUCAGGGUCCCUAACAGCUUGAAGGGUCUGCACGGCGACGAAGUCGACUUCGAGAACACAUGGGUCACCAUCGAGGCCGCCUUCCGCGAGAUCCACACCAAAAAUGCCUCGCGCCUGUCCUACGAGGAGCUGUACCGCCAUGCCUAUAGGAUAGUGCUGAAGAAGAAGGGCGAGCAGCUGUACAAGAACGUGCACGACUUCGAGAGGGCCUGGCUGAGCAAAGAGGUCCGCGGCCACAUUCAGCAGCUGCUGUCCCCCAACCUGCUCGCGCACUCGCAAAGCGUUGCCAGCACCACGGCCAACGAGCGUCGCGUCUCGGGCGAGAAAUACCUCAAAGGGCUCAAGCAGGCGUGGGGCGACCACCAGGUCUGCAUGAGCAUGCUUGCCGAUGUGCUCAUGUACAUGGAUCGCGUCUAUUGCCAGGACCACCGACGCCCCUCUAUCUACACCUCCGCCAUGGUGCUCUUCCGCGACGAGAUCCUGAACUCGCCCCUCUCCGUGGCCGACGAACGUACUAUCCUCGGUCUUUUGAACCACGUCAUUCUCGAACAAAUCCAGAUGGAGCGCGACGGCGACGUUAUAGACAAGCACCUCAUCAAGUCGUGCGUUCACAUGCUGGACGGGCUUCACGCCGACGACCUCGAGUCGGAGGAGCAGCGGCUGUAUCAUGUUUCGUUCGAAAAAGAGUAUCUAGACACGAGCAGGGAAUUCUACCGGGCCGAGUCGGAGCUGAUGCUGCGGGAAUCGGAUGCUGGUGCGUACUGCAAGCGCGCAAAGAAGCGCAUCCACGAGGAAGAGGACCGCUGUCGUGCGACGCUUAUGGAGUCUACUACAUCUAAGAUCCGGGAGGUAGUGGAGGCGGAAUUGAUCCAGGGCCGCAUACACGAGUUAGUCGAGAUGGACAGCGGCGUCCACUUUAUGAUCGACAACGACAGAUUGGAAGAGUUGAACCUCGUCUACGAUCUGAAUGCACGAGUGGAUGAGAGGAAGUCAGAGGUUACGAGGUCUAUUCAGAAACGCAUCAUGGAGCUGGGUAUCGAAAUCAACAACGAAGCGCUCGCCGCAUCACAAGCCCCUGCGUCAGCACCGGCGGCUAGCACGGAUACCGGAGACAAGACCAAACAGGCCCAGGAGAAGAACGUCAAUUUGCAGACCGUUGCUGCGAUCAAGUGGGUGGAAGACGUUCUUGGCUUGAAAGACAAGUUUGACAGGAUCUGGCGGCAAUCGUUUGACUCGGACAGUCUUUUGGAUACGGCCAUGUUCAACAGCUUCCGUGAUUUCAUCAACUCGACCGCAUUCCCCCGCUCUUCUGAGAACAUCUCGCUAUUCAUUGACGAGAACAUGAAGAAGGGCAUCAAGGGUAAAACCGAGAUGGAGAUUGACCAGGUCUUGGACAAGGCGAUAACCUUGAUCAAAUACGUGCAAGACAAGGAUCUCUUCGAGCGAUACUACAAGAAGCACUUAUGCCGCAGGCUCAUCAUGAACAAGUCCGUAUCGAACGAAGUCGAGAAGCAAAUGAUCGAGAAGAUGAAGCAGGAGCUCGGUCCCAGCUUCACCUCCAAGCUCGACGCCAUGUUCAAAGACAUGUCCAUCUCCGCCGAUCUUACGAGUGGCUACAAGGAGCAUGUCGAAGGCCUCGGCGACCGCGACCCCAAGCGGAUCGACCUCGCGAUCAGCGUCUUGACCAAGAUGACUUGGCCCAUGGAGUCCAUCAAUGGCUCAGGAGAGGCCCAGGAGGGCAACCGACCGAAGUGCAACUUCCCGCCAGCCGUGGAUAAGGUCAGACGGGGCUUUGAGCAGUAUUACGCCGAGAAACACUCUGGACGAGAGCUUACAUGGCUGCCAAACAUGGGUACUGCAGACAUCAAAGCUGUGUUCCCCAAGGUUCCCCAGAAGGAUGGAACCUUCAAAGAGCGCCGGCACGAGCUCAAUGUGUCCACUUAUGCGAUGGUUAUCCUCUUGCUAUUCAACGAGCUGCCCGCCGACGAGUGCUUGACCUUUGAAGAAAUUCAAGCACAGACGAACAUUCCCAAGAACGAUCUAGUGCGCAACCUGCAGUCGCUUGCAGUCGCUCCUCGGACGCGUGUGUUGCUCAAGGAGCCCAUGACCAAAGAAGUGAAGCCAACCGACAAGUUUUUCUUCAACGAGGGCUUCAAGGGCAACUUUGUGAAGAUCAAGGUCGGUGUUGUGAGCAGCGGGAACAAGGUUGAGAGCGACCAGCAGCGGAAGGAGACCGAGAAGAAGAAUGAUGAUGAGCGCAACUUUGUCAUCGAGGCUGCUGUCGUUCGUAUCAUGAAACAACGCAAGGAGCUCCCGCACCAGAAGCUGGUCAUCGAGACGAUCAGCCAGCUCGCCUCGCAAUUCAAGCCCGAGGUGACAAUGAUCAAGAAGCGCAUCGAGUCGCUCAUCGAGCGCGAGUAUCUCGAACGCAUCGAAGGCGCCGCGGUCGAUUCCUACCGGUAUCUCGCAUAAAGCGUAGCAUCACUCAUCGCGCGUUUUGGCGUUCUAGUCUGCAUCUGUUUACUAUCUGUUUUGAGGGGCGGACCCUCUGCAUACUGCAUACGUGCAUGUGGACACGGCGUCCGGCAUUUCCGCGCUGGUUAUGCAGCGUGUGUAUCAUUGGCGACAGUGCUUUUCGGGAUGGGAUGGGAUGGGAUGGGACAGGCGUUAUGGAGACUGGAAGAGAUGGACUAACGGCCGAGUAGCUAGUUACCAUUGUCGCCUAG